AUGCACCCUGAAAGAACGACUGUGUGGUGUGGUUUUUGGGCCGGUGGAGUGAUAGGCCCGUUUUUCUUUGAGGACGACGAAGGUGUUACGGUAACAAUCAAUGGAGAACGUUAUCGUCACAUGUUAACCAACUUCUUAUGGCCUUUCCUUCAAAAUAUUGAUAUGCAAAACUUAUGGUUUCAACAGGACGGUGCAACAUGCCACAAUUCACGUGAAACAAUUGAGAUUGUCAAAGAAAAAUUCCCGGGAAGACUGAUUUCACUGCGAGUUGAAUUAUCCGGAGUCAGUGAAAUUAACAGUGAUGGAGACGAUCCAGAUUUUGACAUGGUAUCUCAUAUAAGUGCAUCAACUGAUGGUGAUUUUGCACCAACUGCUUGUGGACAAGGAUGCCCAAGUAUUCAUACUAAUGAUCGUCAGUGGAGAGAUGAUGAUAAUGUUGUUGAUGAUUUUAUGUUCAACCCCGAUAUUACAAACUCUGUCAAACAAUUACUUAAAAAAGAAACUGUUGAUGUUGACAGCUCUUUGCAAACAAUUAAACACCAAUUAGAAGUCGUUGGCAAAAGCAGGUGUUAUAUGUGCUAUUCAAUUAUGUCACAGAGUAAAGGAAGAAAUUAUGCUCAAUCACAUAGUACCAAAGUACAAACUAAAUGCUUAGCGUGUAACAAGUAUUACUGUCUUAAGUGUUUUUUCAAAAAUCAUAAAAUCACAAAGUAAUUGACAGAAAAACACAAUACAAAAAGAUUAUGAAUUUUUCUGUUAUUUUGAUCUAAUUAUUUUUUAUUAUGUCUUAAAAUAUUAAAUACACUGUUAUUGUUUGUUAUUAUCAUUCUUAUUCCUUAAGUUUUCUUAGUCUCCCGAUUGUUUUUAUAUAUAAUGUUACUAUUCAUCAUAAAAAGUUAAAAGUUUUGUUUCUCAUAUAAUUAUGUUUUUAUCAUAUAAAUGUUUUGUUAUAAUUAUGCAAUUUAUAGGAAUAAAGGCAACAUAAAUUGUAUGCACAUUGUGUUUAUUUAAUUCCUUUAUAACUCAAAUAAUGUAUUUGAUGCAAUAAAUAAAUACCUAUUUGAGAUUUUAAAAAAAAGUUUUCAAGUUAAGUUUUUUGUUUGUAAUAUCAUUUUUAUCAUAAAAAAGUUACAUUUAUGCUUUUUAUUUUGAAAUUAAUAGGAUAAAAGACUAAAAAAACAGAGAUUGUUUUCAUAUUAUUAUAUUGUUCCUUAUUGUUCAAAUAAUGUAUUAUUUUAAAAAAUAAAUAAAUAUUUAAGUCUCAAUUAAAGUGCUUUUUCAUAAUGAGAUUUAGUUUGAGAUCUCAGGCUGAUGGUGAAAACAUUAAUUUUUCAAAUGGUGACAUCCUACGGUCAUGAGAUCAAAUUUGAGAUCUCGGCUUAUAUUAAGUUAUAACCUAAAAAAAUGUUUUAGCAAAACAAUUAUGAAUGUAAGUACAAGUUUUGAAUAAAAUCAAACAAUGUUUUGUCCAAAAAAAAAUUUGAGUAAACCUGUGAAAAACCGCGUGGCGGUGAGGACAAAGUUUAGUGAGAUCUCGUAAGAGAACUCAUGGCGGUCAACGUGUUAACGAAGUCGCACUGCUAAAGUGAACGUCCGUCAUACAAAAACAGAUGAUAUAUUCAAAUUGUGCAUUUCUGCGUCGGAAAUAUUUAACGAUCACGGACAUCACCGAUGUACCGUAGCUGACGAAUGAAGGGAAACCUAGUUAAGGAAAUAAUAUGUUUAUCCAGUAAAUAGGAAUCUCCUUUCAGAUCAAUGGAUAUCCAGUAAUUGGUACAACAAUCCCUGAACAGAAAUGGUGUUAAGGUUAAACAUUUCAUAGACAAUUUAUUCGAAUAUGAACGGUUGGCAUUUUAAUUAGUUAGUAAUAAAUCUAUGGCAAGUGAGCGAUUGGCCGAAAACAUGAAGGGAUCAAGUUCGGCCAUCAACAAAAGAAUAUACUGAACACUUAAAAACGUAUUAGCCAAAGUUAUAACGAAAUAUAUCCAAAAUAUAU